AUGGAUGGGCUGAAAUCGCUGAAUGGUCGGCUUGAGCGCAAGAGAAUGCUUUUACAGAGUCUCUCCAGGGUUCCCCUAGUUGAGACACCGGUAGCGGAGUGCUGUCCAGCGGACACCGUCAAUUAUGCGACCUGGGUUACUGACCUAGAUGGCGAACUACCGAGGAGAGCCUCCGACAGCAAAUGGCAAUUGACCCCGGCAGAAACGGGCGACAUUAAGGCGCGCUUGAAAAGGGUUUCAGAACUUCAGAACCGAAUUCAUAAUCUUAGUGCUGGCAUCCGAGCCGUAGGCAUCCAAGACGAGGACAUCAGAGAAGAGGUUGACCGGAACCCCGUGCGUCGCGGCGUGGAGAGCCGCGGCGUCCAGAAUCAGGGCGUGGACGUUCGCAACGUGGAGGAUCGCAGCGCGGAACGUGCCCGGCGAGGCUCGACAAAGAAGAAUGAGACGAUGAACUCGGAGAUUAGAGGUAAACGGAAAUCGGUGCCCUAUGAGCCGGAACGAGAGAGUUUUGACGACAUUGACGCCCAUCAGAAGCGAUUUUCGGAAGGAGCGGCGCUACUAAAUCGCGAGGAGGAGACUAACGUGUAUGGGGAACCGGCGAGUGCUCGACGACAGGAACGACGGGCAUUGUCAAGGCCUGCGAACUACCUGGUACGUGAAGAAUUCCUGUCUACACCGACCCGUGAGGCAGCAAAGCCUCAGGAUCUGGCAACAUGUCUCGGUCCAGAGAUAUCUCGUCAGGUAGCGAGUGUCCAAUGUGAGAUUAUAGGAGCAACGACAACGGAAGAGCACACCCAAACGGAGCCAAGAGAACAGCGGCGUUCUUUGGAGUCUAACGAGGUGGAGGUCCCUGUCGCGUCGGUGAGCCCCCCGACAUCCUUAAUUUGGCCAUCCCCGAGUACCCUUUCUCUAUGUACGGCGGAACGGCCGCCUCCCCAGCCGAAGGACGCGUCUGCUGACAAAACCCCCAGCAAGAUCCCCCCGGCAAAGUCGCCUACCCCCCAGACCGGCAACAAGGAGACGAGGAGCCCUGACCGACUAUCUGUCACUGAGGAAAUGAUAAGGGGACACAGAGGUAAGUCAGUGAAGUCUCCGAGCCACCUACGCAAGGAUCCAGCGUCCUACGAACUGGCCACGACUGGGACCCAGCCAACUGCAAAGCAGCCCGUUGAGCUGAACUUCCCCAACGUCGGUCUGCAUUCUCCCUCUAGAGCGGAGCGUAGUCCGCCAUCUACGGUGAAAUUGUUUCUACCGACCUCCUUGGGGUCUUCUGCUUCCUUGGCGACUGAUGAACAAAGCGUCGAGGAACAUGUUGUCGAGGAGCGCGGAGGUGUCCCAGAGUUGAAGCGUCUGCUUCCCCCGCAUUAUUGCUCCGAGGUCAUGGUUGUCAAGGGCCCGUUCUGCGAGUCGGCUGACGAGUGUAUCAAGCAUUUGAAGAACGGUAUAGGAAUGGGUGGGCCCGAGAUCUUGCAUGUAAGAUACCCAUUGCGAAUCGCGUAUUCUGACCACUUCGAUUCCUCACCUUUUUAG